CGUUUCCGCACAUUUCCUCACACCGGAAGUAGAGUCGACGCUGAAGAGACGUCUGAGAAAAUGAACUCCUGAAUUACUGUCAAGAUUAACAUUAACAAACAUCAACGAGGCGGAUACGGAACGGUUACUAGACACGGCUUCGACAUAUUUAUUGAGUUGUAUCUGACAGCUGGACUCAGUGAUGGAGGCCCAGGAUAAUGCAGAUCAGUCUGAAACACAGCGCAGAAGACAGCUGGACCGUCUGGACCGAGAAGAGGCCUUCUACCAGUUCGUCAACAAUCUCAGCGAGGAAGACUAUCGGCUCAUGAGAGACAACAACCUGCUUGGCACACCUGGUGAAAUUACGGCAGAUGAACUGUCAAGCCGCCUUCGGCAGGUCAAGGAUGGCCCUGAGUCGCCCAGUAAUGGCUCCACUGAGGAGAGAAGUGAAGGGCCUGCUGCGACAGAGAUUGAGGGCACUGAAGAAAACCCCAGUGGGGAGAGCCUUCUUGACUGGCUCAACACUGUACGACAGACGGGGAAUACAACGAGGAGUGGUAACAGGGGUAACCAGUCAUGGCGGGCCGUGAGCCAAACCAAUCCCAACAGUGGUGAUUUCCGUUUCAGUUUGGAGAUAAAUGUCAAUCGCAACAUAGCUGAGCAGCAAACGCAGACAGAAAGGCUGGAAGGGGGCCAGGAAAGACCAGAUGUCCCUGAGCCGGAGAGUCUUAUGGAGACCGCAGAGGUGGUUGAGGAGCCAGUGGUGGAGGAGCUUGCAGUUAUAGUAGAGCCAGAGCUACCAGUUCCUAUCACCCUGUCUCAAAACACGGAAGUAAUUGCACCAAGUCCACCAACUUCACCUCCCCCAGCCUCGCCCCCAGUAGAGCAACCACGCAGGGGUCAAGUCAGGGCUCGCAGUAGAAGCCCGGAGCAGCGACGAACAAGGGCUCGCACCACAAGAGGUCGCUCGCCGCUCAACCUCGAAAGAUUGGAUGGACUUCCGCCUACUCAGCACGGCCUGCCUUCUCACAGUCCUGAGAUCCUUCCAGAGCCCCAGGUCGAGGGAAGCUCAAGGACUCGGCAGUUGUUUUUGUCUAGACCGAGCACUGUGGAAACGGAAAGUCAAGAACCGGAAGCAGCUCCCGAGUUACCCGGAGCACAGCAGGAGAGAGAGGCAUCUGCUGGAGAAGCAGGAGCCUCAGGACGUCGCCCUCCAACAAUAAUGCUGGAUUUACAGGUACGCAGGGUGCGUCCUGGAGAGUACCGCCAGAGAGACAGCAUCGCUAACCGAACCAGGUCUCGUUCGCAGACCUCCAACAACACUUUACUGUACGAGACUGAGCGCGGGGGUUUCCGCCGGACCUUCUCCCGUUCGGAGCGGGCAGGGGUGAGAACAUACGUCAGCACAAUCCGCAUUCCCAUUCGCAGGAUCUCAGACACUGGACUCGGGGAAGCCACUUCUAUGGCUUUGCAGUCUAUGAUUCGUCAGAUCAUGACUGGGUUCGGUGAACUCAGCUACUUUAUGGACUCGGACUAUCCAGACUCGAACCGUGAAGACAGCCCAGCUGCAGACCUCGCUGAUGGACUGGGUAACCCUGAUGCUUCCACUGGAGCCGCUGCAGGGGAACCAGACUCCUACCUUCCUGGGAAUGGAGGCUCUAACCAGAGUGGUGUAGAGGCACGGACAGAGGAGAGGGAAGUGGAUGGUGGAGGAUCCGGUGCUAACAGUCCUCGAGAGAACCGAGGCAGACAGCGGGCGCCCAUUAACCUGGAUGAAACUGGAUCUCUGCCCUUUCUGCGACUUGCGCACUUCUUCUUGCUCAACGAGGAAGAUGACGACCAGCCCAGAGGUCUCACUAAAGAGCAGAUCGACAACCUGUCCAUGCGAAACUUUGGCGAAAGCGAUGCAUUCAAAACCUGCAGCGUCUGCAUCACGGAGUAUGCCGAAGGCAACAAAUUACGAAAGCUGCCCUGUUCUCACGAAUACCACGUGCACUGUAUCGACCGCUGGCUUUCAGAGAACUCAACCUGCCCUAUUUGCCGCAGGGCGGUUCUGGUUUCCACCAACCGCGAGAGUGUCGUCUAGCCAAAGUUGGUUUUGUGACACUUUGACAUCACUUCCUCCCUUCCCUUUACAUUUAUUACCUAGUCAUGUGAGAACUCGUACUGAGAUUUUCCCAUACAUCCUAUAUGAAGCCAUCGUUAAGUUUUAUCAGAUUUGCUGGUGCCAAUAUUUUUUCCCCAAACUACACGCCAGUGUAUUUUGACCCACCUUACAAUGAAAUAAAUAUUGGUGCAUGACGCAACCGAUGAAGACCAUGCUGCAAGCCCUGAUCAUUUAUUGUCUUGAUCCUCACCUUUCAACAAAAUUAUUUGAUGAAGGGCAAUGUAGAGAUACCUUAGAGUGGUACAUACACUUUCAUGCUAAAAGAGAGAUUUGAGUUGUAAUUUUAAGCAAGUAUUCCAUAUCAGAUUUGAACAAAGAUUGCUUUUUAAUAAAAGUUAAUCAUUUGAGUAACAAAAAUAACAUUAAGGAUAUACUCAAAUAUAUUUUAGUCAGAAAAUGCAUUGAAACUUUCACACUUUGCUGCAUCUUAAAUCAGUUUGGUUUCAUACUGUGUUGGUAUGACGGCAUAGUGUGUGUUGUACCGGUUGCACCAUUAUCAUAAAUUACUAAAUGCAGAUAAAUCAUAGUAAAUUUCACGUAGUAAUUCUGAGUGAGUUUGUCAUCCUGUAUAGAAUAGGUUUUGAUUUGGCUGUUGAAAGUGUUCAGUAAUACUGGUUUUGAAAACAAAUGGCCAGACACUUUUUACACAAACAAACAGAAGAGGCUGUAAAUAUGCUACGUGGAGACUUCAGGUCGUGUUUUUCGCCUGUCUUCCCAAAUGACGAUGAUGCAUCAGUUGGCUGACUCAAACGUACUUCAUAUAUAUUAAGAAACAAACUUGGCUACAUGUAGGCAAUGUCGUGCAAUGCUAAUAAGGAAAAUGUAAAGGACGUUUUGACAAAUAGACUUGUAUGUUGUAGUCUGUAAAUAUAUACAUUUAAAAUGAAGACUUAAAUGGAAGUUUUUCUAACAGUUCUGUACAUUGAGAAUAGCUUCAUUUAUCUUACUCUGAGGAGGAAAUUAUUUUUCUCAUUUUGUAAUGGUUGGUUCAUAUGCGAGCUUAGGUUCUUUAUUCCCGUGCUAGAAAAACAAGUGCAGUGUUAUUUAGAAACAAUAGAUGAGAUAUCGGUCUUUAUUGUUUCUGUGUUGACUUGGGAUACUAACCCUAAGCAUAAUGUUCUCCACCAUGAUUUACAUCAACAUUUCAUGUAUCAUAAGCAAGCCAACCAUUGUUAAAUUCAUAUUCUUGUUCAGAGGUCAUGUAUUAUAAGAGCGAGUUACUUGAUAGAAUUUCUUUUGUCAGCAUCCUAUUUAUAGCUUAUAUUUUGAGUCCUCUUUUGAUUCGCUUCCAGUUUGCUGUGUUUAAAAUGAAUAAAAUGAUUUCCUCACUUA